ACUAGAAAUAGAAUAGAUAGAUAGGUAGAAAACCAGUGGGCGACUAAACCGGUCUUCAACACCAACAUCCCGUCCGAUCGGCAUCUCCUCCGGAUCCGGCAUGGCUUCUGCAAUGAAAAUCGUUAUCGCUUUACUUACACUUGUCACUCUCGGAAUGAUUCUCGGAGGUCUGCUUCAGUUGGCAUUUAUUUGGAAUUUGGAAGAUUCAUAUGGCUCUGCGUUUCCUUCAUUUAGAAGAACGCUCGGGAGUCAGAAUGUUGGUGGUAAUCAGUUGCCUGCAGGUCGUCGUAUCUGGUUGGGGGAAUGACAAAGAAGCUGCAAUUUUACGAAUUGGAUAUGUUAAACCUGAAGUAAUUAGCUGGUCCCCACGAAUCAUUGUGUUCCACAACUUUUUAAGCGCAGAGGAAUGUGAUUAUCUUAGAGCAUUAGCCAAGCCCCGUCUUCAUGUCUCAACCGUUGUGGAUGCAAAAACCGGGAAGGGAAUUAAGAGCAACGUUCGAACUAGUUCAGGCAUGUUUUUGAACCACGAAGAGCGAAAGUAUCCAAUGAUACACGCGAUCGAAAAACGAAUUUCUACGUUUUCGCAAAUUCCAAUUGAAAACGGAGAGCUGAUUCAAGUGUUAAGGUAUGAACCAAAUCAGUUUUACAGACCCCAUCAUGACUACUUCUCUGAUACGUUUAACUUGAAGCGUGGUGGUCAAAGAGUAGCAACGAUGUUGAUGUACUUGACUGAUAACGUGGAAGGUGGAGAAACCUUUUUUCCUAUGGCUGGUUCAAAUGAAUGUAGUUGUGGUGGAAAAAUGGUGAAGGGACUUUGUGUUAAACCGAACAAAGGAGAUGCUGUGCUUUUCUGGAGCAUGGGGCUUGAUGGACAAUCAGACCCUGACAGCAUUCAUGGAGGUUGUGAGGUUCUCUCUGGAGAGAAAUGGUCUGCUACAAAAUGGAUGAGACAAAGAGCUACUUCCUGAAGAUUAUUAUUAUACCAAAUUUAUUGGUGAUAUUUUACAAAUAUAGUGUCUAGUUUUUAAUUUAUGAAGCCAAUACAAACAACUGAAACAAUGUGCUAAUUUUAGCCUCAAAUUUGGACACUUAAGUUAUGUCUUUUUAACAUGCAAGGCUCCCUAUAAUAGAUGUCAAAUUUUGUUCUAUCAUUGUUGCUUGAAGGACUUGGCA